AACAUGUUAUUACAGGAGGUGUUUUAGAUAUUGAUCCAGUAUUCCGUCGUAGUUACAAACUCACUCACUCACGCGCUAAAAACACACGGAGCGGUUUUUAAAAAAACUCGUCUGUUUAACGAGAAACAAAACGCGAAAAAUGCCCAAAAGGAAGUCACCUGAGGGAGCAGAGGGGAAAGACUCUACCAAAGUCACAAAGCAGGAGCCCACUCGGAGGUCAGAGCGCCUGUCCUCGAAACCGGUUCCCCCUAAACCUGAGCCCAAACCCAAAAAAGCUGCAGUUAAGAAGGCAUCUGACGACAAAGCGGUGAAAGGAAAGAAGGGCGGAGCCAAAGGCAAGAAGGAGGAGAAAGAUGCGGUGCCCACUGAGAAUGGCGAGACCAAACCAGAGGGGGAAUCCGCGACAACUGAAGCCGAGGCAGACGCUAAGGAGUGACUCUAGUUGGUUUUCUGGGCAACGGAAAAGACAUUUUUUUAUUCUUUAUUGAGUAUUUUGUAAGAUGCUAACUUUUUUUAGACUUGUCAUUGUAGAUUUACUUAGCAAGCUCACACUCCUCCCAGAAGUCCCUGUUUUACUCUGUUAUCACCAGUUCGGAUUGAUCUGUCCUUAAAAAAAAAAAAAAAAAAGGAAGAAGAAGAAAAAAAAAUAUUUUUAUUUAAUUUUUUUGUUCUUAAAUAUGUUUCACCAGCAGCAGCAGCAGCAGCCAUAUCAGCUCAUAAGAUUUUAGUCAGUCGGAAACCUGCGUCCUACAUCCCCUCUAGUAACGUAACAACACGUGCUUGAUGUUUGUACCACGUUGAAUGAGUCAUCUGGACACUCAGUCUCAUGAGUUUAGUGUGUGUGUUUUGAGUCUUCUGGUUUUUUUUUUUUCUUUUUUCUUUUUCAAUUAUAAUCUCUUGUAUAAUGUAUAAUAAUAACGUCACUUAGUGACAAAGAUUGAACAAUUACGUUCCCAAAUUAUUUUUAAUUCUCUUCAAUGGGCAGAUUGGGACUCAUGGACAUUUUUGAUUCCCCAAUAAAAAAAAAGGAAAAAAAAUUGAACGUGAAUAUGACCUAUAACGAAACGGCACAUAACCAAUAGCAAUAAACGCAGGGUGCUGAGAGUGACGUUCGUUCUGAAACUGAACCCGACAUGUUUCUGAAGAUCCGCCUGCCUGGCUGGUUUGGGAUAUUGUCUGUGAAAAUGUUUUCAAAUAAAACCAUAAAAGAAAAAGAGGAAAAAAAA